GUGGAGAGAGCUACGUGCUGUGGCUCCGUGCGCUUCCUGUCUGCGUAGUGCCGAGAUAUUCUCAUCCAUCCCCGGAGUUCACUGCAGCGUCUGUCCCCUGAGUCGGACGGUCAAAAACACACCGGUUUCCCCGUUAUGGCUGUGAACUUGAGCAAAAACGGCCCAGCCCUCAUCGCGGCCUAUAACGAGGUGGUGGAUGAGAAAUCAGAGACUAACUGGGUCCUCUUCACCUAUGAGGGCAACACCAAUGACAUCCGAUUGGCUGAGAAAGGAGACGGUCUGGAGGAGUUGAAUGAGGAGCUGAACAGUGGGAAGGUGAUGUAUGCUUUCUGCCGUGUGCAAGACCCCAACUCUGGCCUUCCCAAAUACGUCCUCAUCAACUGGACUGGUGAAGGUGUGAAAGAUUCCAGGAAAGGACAGUGUGCAAGCCAUGUGAGCGCCAUGGCUAACUUUCUUAAGGGAGCUCACGUGACUAUAAACGCACGGGCGGAGGAGGACGUGGAGCCUGACGCCAUCAUGCAGAAAGUGGCUAAAGCCUCUGGAGCAAACUACAACUUUCACAAAGAGUCCAACCGCUUCAGAGACGCCGGCCCCCAGGGGCCCGUGGGAUCUGUUUACCAGAAGACUAAUGCCAUGUCUGAAAUCAAAAGAACUAAUAAAGACAAUUUCUGGGCCCAAGCAGAGAAAGAUGAGGAGAAGCGUAUUCAGGAGGAGAAGAGGAAGGCAGAGGAGGAGAGACUGAAGCUGGAGAAAGAGAGAAAGGACCGAGAGGUCAAGGAGGCAGAAUUACGGGACCGGAGAGGAAAAGAGAGAGCGUCACAGAUAGAUGAACAGAGAAAGUACCAGCAGAAGCAGGAAGUAGAGAGUCAAGCCCAGGAGAAACAGCAGUGGGAGGAGCAGGAGAGGGAGCAGAGAGCAAAGCAGAAACCUUUAAAACGUGGAGAGUCGGUGGAGAAAGCCAACGAAGCUGCAUCUCUCAUCUCCCAGCGAUCAGUUAAUCCCAGAGAAAUGUUCAAACAGAGAGAGAUGGGCGUCACCCCCGUUUACACAGACAACUCACAAUCCAGUCCAAAACCAGGGCGAUUGAACAGCCCUUUUCUGUCCAAGCAGUCAUGUGACCAAGAGCCGUUUCGCUCUCCGGUGCAUCAGGCCUCGCCUUUACGAGCCAGAGAGCCCAGUUUUAAGGAGCAGCCUAGAUCUGACUAUGUGGAACCAGUGUAUGAACCUGAGCCAGAGUAUGAAGAUGUACAAUUAGCUGGUGAUCAUUAUGAAGCACUUGUAGAUCAAAAACAACAACUGCAGCAGCAGCAUUAUGAGGCAGUCGUGGAACCGGAAGCCAUCUAUGAGGAAGCAGUACAGGUGGAGGAGCAGAACACGUAUGAGCAGGCAGGUGAUCGUGGUGUCUGUGCCAGGGCUCUAUAUGACUACCAGGCUGCUGAUGACACCGAGAUCUCCUUUGACCCUGAUAAUAUCAUUACCGGCAUUGAGAUGAUUGAUGAGGGAUGGUGGAGAGGAUACAACCCUGAUGGACAUUUUGGAAUGUUUCCGUCUAAUUACGUCGAACUUGUCUAACUAAGCCCAACAUACCCCUCUCAUUGGAGUCAGGCUAGAUCGAUUUGCCCUGUGUAGAUUUAACAAAUCUCUGGCCUCCUGAACAAAAUAGGUCAAGUAUAUUUGAUUGAAGAGACUAAAACUAAAAUCAUGGACCAAAAGAGUGCUUGAUAAUCAUGUGACCAGGGGGUAUUUCAAAUAUCAGAACGAUAUUCAAUGCUGUAUUAGUGGUUUUCUUUUGUUAGUUUUACUUCAUUUCAAGAGGUCCACAAAUUUUUCAAAACAAUACUCCGAUACUUUUGAAAUCAAGUAAGGAAUCUGUCUUUGUCCAAUCACAUCCCUCAGAAUAUUCAGUGGAUAAAAUCAAUUAAUGUGUGUGGUGAUAUUCCAGUGACAUUCAAUUAUCCUUUUAGACUGAACCUUUUCUUUGUUUUUUGAAGACAUUCCCUUUUUAACAUUUCAAUCGUUUUGAUUUCAACAACAAGCUGCACCUAUUAAAUGAGAAAAACAAAAGCGAUUAUUGUUGUAAAAAUGUUUGGUGCAGCUUAGUUUGUAGUAGUCGUAACGUAAAGCUCCUGUUUUGCCUUGGUUUUUUGCCAUAUUUUCCUCCCAAUAUCGAGUUUGACUGCCUUGCUUUCUUGAGGAACAUAGCACAGAUGUUUUGCUGUGAUGUUUACCAAGGUUGGACUGAAAUUAAAGAGUUUAUUUGCUGUGUUGUAUACGGCAAGAUUUAGAAUCCAGCAAGCAAGUUUAUUUUUAAUCUCUUGUGGUGAUAACAUUGUGUUAUUUAAGAUCAGUUGUGGGUGGAAACUAACUUUGAGACCUCUGUACCACAGCUUUCUUGUCUACUCAGAAAUAUGGAGAAUAUUAAUACUGUGAUUUUUAGGUUUCAGGGAACCAUCAUUUUUGAGGAAAUUUUCAAAGAUUCAUUUUUCACAAACACCGGUCUGGAAAACAUUUUAAAUUCAUUCAACAGUGGUGCAGUUCUUCUAAAGAUGUCAUUGUGAAUAUCCAACAAGUCUGGAUAAUGUUGUAACUUCAAUUAAAAGAAUAAAUAAAGAGUUUUAAGA